AUGGAGAGUGAGAGGCCAGGGAUGCUUAUGGCUGAUAGCGGUUAUCCACUCACUACCAGCCUGCUAACUCCGCUUGCUAAUCCCGUAACGCCUGCUGAAGCAAGAUAUAACAACGCGCAGAGCAAGGGAAGGAUGGUUAUCGAGCAGAGUUUUGGAAUCCUGAAAGGAAGGUUUCGAUGUCUCCACAAAACCGGCGGUGUGUUGAGUUACAGUCCCGAAAAGUCGUGUGCAAUUUUUAUGGCAUGUGCCAGGUUGCACAAUAUGUGUUUGGAUUGGGGUCUGACACUGGACGAUGCCCAAGUAGUGGACCCAGGCCAAGAUGCUAUGGAGGCCUGGAUGGGACAACCAGGCUUGCAGGUGCAAGAACUGCGACGACGAGUUGUGAACACUUUUGUGUGAAAUUGAACGUAAUUUGUUUGUUCCAUUUCCUUUAAUUUAAAUAGUUUGUGAUUGCUUUGUGUUAAUACAUGAUGCAAAGUAUAAUACAAAUGAAUGUGUGCACUUACUAAGUGAUGUAAAAGUAAACAACAAAUAUACAGUAUUGUGACCUUUACCUGGAAGUUAUUGGUUGCAAAUGGACUAAACAUGUUGCCCUGAUUA